GUCAUCGAAGUGACCGCUGCUAAGAAGGUUGUCAAGGCGGACACGACGGUCCGAGGGGAGGAAGAGCCCAAGGCAGAGCCCAGCCAUGAGGCCGGAGUGGAGGUGUCUUCCCGUUCAAUGUACAGUUUGGUGGCACAAAGCUCUAACCCAACGCCACAUAGGUCAGGGUGA